UUUCAGCUUUCAAAAUCACUGCAUGAAAUAAACCAUCAGCAAUGUGAAAUAAAAACUGCACAUUUGAAUAAAAUUUAUUUGAACAAAUCGCUUGAAAAUAGUUUUAAUUUCAAAUUCAAAAACGUCACCAUGAAGUUGGUCUAUUUUGAACAUUCUUCUUGAAUUUGAAUAAGAAAGAGGCAGCAGAGGUGCCAUCAACCUCGAACCAUGUUAUUUCUCAGCCUCAUAUCACUGAUAACCUUGUCAGCUGCCUGCAGAGCUACUUCAGAAUACCUCGAAGAGACCUCACAAUGCAUCAAAAACUCGUCAACUUUUCAAUACAACGCAACAAUGUCCUUCGAAGGAUGCAAAACAUUCAGAAUAUUACUCGAUAAAAACGACAUCUUCGUCGACAAGACCCUUCUACUGAAAGAAAUCUUCAAAGAACACACCUACUUGACUAUUUUCUACCUACCGCACAAGUUUUCCAAAUCAAUCAACCUCGAGAUGAUUCGUAUGUUUGCGGAAAUUCAGCUCGAUUCCAACUUUUCGAUUCUCCCUCCUAAGGACACCUUCGCUUAUAACUUUUUUACCUUUGGGAAAAUCCUUCAGGAAAACGAAAAUAGCACUGAGCAAGUGCAAUUAUUCGAGCGUCCUUUGAUAUCUCGCCAUAUGGAUUUGAUCGAUCAACACGCCGCUCAGUACCCGGCGAUCUACUUCGACCUGAGCAAUUUGUGGGGAAUCCAGUACAAAUUGAGUUGGAGCUGCUUCAGAGAUCGUGUAGGGCACGAAUUCAGAAGAUAUUCAUUUUUGAGAUCGAUAAUGUCAACCGACGAAUGUUCACGAUAUAACCAACUCUUCGAUUACUUUAAUCACACUGAAUUGGAAUGGAAUACCGAACUCGACCCAGCCAUUGAUUUACCCGAUUCGAUGAUAUUUUUAGCACAGAUGGUGAUCAAGUUCUUUGAAAAGAAACCUAUUCUAUUCGUCGACGAGUACGAUUAUAUGUUGAGCCAAUUUAUACACAAAUCCUACAUCAACGACGAAGAAUCCGAACAAGCGAUGAAAUUUUUCACCAAUUUUAUCGCCACAGUUUUCAGCAGAGACGAUAUCUGGCAUAGAAUCAUCCUUACAGGAACUUUGAGCAUGCAUAAAAACCUAAUGAGCUCUCUACCUGGCUCAAAGGCCAUCUAUCAUGCUUUCAAUAAUGAUCUUUCACACUUCUUCGGGUUUACUGAAAAAGAUAUCCGAGCCCAAGCUAAACAUUUCAACAUACCCGAAAAUAAACUAAACCAAAUGCGAGAAUACUACAAAGGGUAUCAGAUGGGUCAGCAUAGUCCUAUUUAUAAUCCUUGGUCAGUAAUGAAAUUCUUCAAAAGCAAACAGCUAACAAACCAUUGGGAAAAUGAAAUCAAGAGCAAGUGGUUUAUGAAUCAAAUAUGGGGUAUUGACGAGCUGGGAGAACAAUGGUUGGAUUUUCUAAGUGAUCGAGCUGAAUUCCCACCUCGUCCGUUUGAGGAAUUCGCCGAACCUGAUUUAUGGACUCUGAGGAACACGCUUGGAUUUUGCAUAGGUAAGGAUCCAUCUGCACUGAGCAACUUAGGAUUCAAAGAAAUAUCCCAAACUUUAAUGUAUCAAGUUGACAUGGGGUAUUUGACUUGGUCCAAUUACCCAUCUUACGAUCACGAGACCAUGUUCAAUCUGAGAAUAGCCAAUUACGAAAUUAAAAAUGCUACUUAUGAUAAAGUGAGGAAAACUUACCAAGGGUAUCUGAGUAUUAAUAUUACAAAAGCUGACAAUGCGACCGCCAAAUUAAACGCUUAUUUAUUCAGUCGGCAACGCGAGCAGUUUCUCGAUACUCUAGUUGGAUCAUUCCGAGUUUUAUUCGACAAACCCAAAGAAUUACUCGAGGACAAUUCCAAUUCAUCAAAAUGUGAACAUAACGAAACCAAUCAAUUUGAGGGAAAUGCCACUGCAAUUGGUGAAAAUCAUUCUGCAGUUGAAAAUGAGUCCGCAUCCAAACCAAACCAGAUCAACGAGGGCAAUUCCAAUUCAUCAAAACAGAAACAUAACAAUACCGAUAAAUUUGAGGGAGAUUCCACUGAAAGUAAUGAAAUUCUUUUUUUCAAAAAAGAAACUGCAUCCAAACUAAACCAUACCAAACACAUAAUUGAUUACAUCGGAUUAAGAUUAAAAUAUCAUCACGGUUAUCAAUUAGAUCAUAAAAUCAACAAUGGUUUCAUUAUUUGCAAACAGAACGUAUCUUCUAUGGUUGUAUUCAACAAUAAUCAAUCCGUCGACAACACAGAUGUCUUGAAUCAAAUUGAAAAUUAUACACAUCCAUGGACAGAACUUGGUUCUGAAGCGAGUGCUACUUCAGUAACAUACAUAGUGAUUGGUGUGGCAAAUGAGACUGAAAUUUGUAUUCGACGUUAUGGAGAAGAACCUCCAAUUGAAAUUACCACUCGCGCGCCCGUGGAAAUGACUACAAAGAAAACUAAACCAACAAAGCCUCGGCCAACCAAAGCAGCCUCAAAAUCACCACAGACUAAAAAGAUGAAAUCAGGAUCUAAAUUCAACCCUAAUGUUACCAAAUCACUGAACGAUAAGUUCAGAAAUCAGACAAGAGUGACAAAUUCCAAGAUUGUAAUGACAAAGCACACUCGCAAUGCCAAGCUCCAGGGUAAUUCUACCUUUGCCACUCAGCAUUCCUCAUGUACAAUACCCAAUUUUGAUGGAUCCACAUCAGUUUCUCAACUCAAUCCUGAUGUUGCCAAAUCUGCAACUGAAUCAUCCACAAGUAAAGCAACUGAUAACACUGUGAAGAUAGAAGCUAUAGAAACUCAAAUAUCUGAUCAUAAGACUGAAUCAACAAAACAAAGUUCUAGAACAAAUCUCAAUACAACCAACCCAACAACAAAAAGCACAGAAGGCACUAUCAGAAAUGAUGAUGCCACAAAAAGCAUGACAAUUAUUGAGACACAAAACCACACAACUGAUCCCAACAAAAUCCAACAACAAAAUGAUACCAAUAAGACAAUUAUUCCGACAGAUGCCAUCAACAUAAACCGGGUUCAUCAGACCCUACCCACAGAGCCUAUUUCAACCGAAUCAAAAUCCACCUUAGGAGUAACCAAAUCCUCAAAUGAAACAACUGUCACGCAAACUUUGAGCUCUGUCACAGAAGGUAUUGAAAUUUACACAAAUUUUCCUACAUCUCAAUUCAUCUCAGAUAAAUUCAGUACAACUGUUUUCACAGAAAGCAGCUUGAGAGAAAUAACCAGAAUUACACGUUCUGUACCAGUUGAACAAUCAUCAUCUGUAGCAAUCGCCACCACAGAGUCACAAUCAGUUUCAAAUUCUACCUCAGAACAGACCACAUCUUCAAAAGGACCAAUCACAAAUAAGAUCAAUGUGACCAAGUCUGAAACUACUACUUCACCACAUACUAAUUUCACAACAGUAACCACAAUUAUACCGGAUCUGCCACAAUCAUCUCCAUCAUCUUCUUUGUCAACAGACUCAGCGUCAAAAUCAGACUCAAAAUCAAACCCUGAAGUCACAAAAUUGUCAAAUGAAUCUGUUACAAAUGAAAUUCUAUCUGUAGCAAUUACCAUGGUGUCACAAUCGGGUUCAAAUUCUACCUCAGGACAGACCUCAUCUCUAAGUGGAUCAAUCACAAAUAAGAUCAGUGUGACUAAUUCUAAAGCUACUUCUUCACCAAUAACCACAAUUACACCAGAUCAGCCUCCAUCAUCAUCCCCUUUGUCAAGUUCAACAGAUGAGACAUCAACAUCAGAUUCUAAAUCCAACCUGGAAGUAACACAAUCGUCAAACAAAUCAGUUACAAAUGAAAUAAAAGUCACAGAUAUUAACAAAACUCCGCUUCAAACUAACAAUUUGACAACAAUAAUCAAUAUUACACCAGAUCCGAAAUUAUCCACCACAUCAUUCGCUGCCACAGUAUCAAAAUCUAACCCUCAAUUCACCAAAUCAGCAAAUCAAUCGUUCACAAAAAGACAAAAGGUCAAAAACUUUAAUGCAACAACGUUUGUCAACAAGAACUGGACAAAAAUUACUAAACCGAAAAGACCUCAGGGAUCCUUCUCCACAAUAUCGAUGAACCGGACAUCACAACCAGGCUCAAAAAUUGGUUCUAAUUUCACCAGACCUUCAGGCAAACCAUUCUUUAAUAAGACAAGAGUUAUCACUACACUUCGUACAACAGAAAGUUUGCCUACAACGACAAUAGAAUACUGGACCCGAAGUCGAAGGACAUAUACCAAAGGUACACCCAAAUCUACUACUAUUUCACGAAUCAAGUUUUUGAGAAUGCUAUUCAACUAUCGAGGUUGAAAGUUGAUGAUAUCAGACUACACUAAGAUUACUUGUGAGUUUUGUAAUUCGCCGCUGAAAUUGAAAUAGACUGAUAAGGAAAUUUUGAAAUGGUCUUGCAAGAGUACAUUAAUGUGGCAAGAGAUCUUUAAUGAUCCAUUGACUGAUUAUUUUUCUAAAAAUGUUGGAUCGGGUAAGUAAUAAGUAUUUCGAUGGAGUUGAACUAGUGGGAAAAUUCAGGGGUUCUUGAAUGAUAGGAUAAGUGAUUUGUGAUUAAGUAUAAGUACCAAUGUAUUUUACACACUUGUAGUCUUGUACCUUAAUAUUAUUAACAAUGAUAUCUGACACUGA